GGUGGUGGGCCGACAUUCAAGAGGCCGUUGAUGGACCAGCCUGGUGAAGAGGCGCGGGUUAGAAUGGGACAGAGCACCUCGGAACAAGAGAGCCAAGAACAUGCAAAUGCUUCUCUGGACGAAGGGUUUAACAACAUCAAGGCGUUUGUGGAGGAAGAGCUACAGACUAGCAUGAUGAUGGGGAUGGUGAUUGGUGCGGGCAUCGCCAUAAUCCUCAUCGCCAUCCUCAUCUUCUUCAUGCUGCGGAGGAUCCAGCUCAGAAACCUGCAAGCCCAGGAGGCCCCCAAGUAUCGAUUCCGCAAGCGGGACAAGGUCAUGUUCUAUGGGCGAAAGAUCAUGCGCAAGGUGUCCCAGUCCACUUCUUCCCUGGUGGGCACAGCCUCCUCCACACGCCCACGACUCAAAAAGAAGCAGAAAAUGCUCAACAUUGCUAAAAAGAUUCUGCGUUUUAAGAAGGAGGUGCCCACCCUGGUAGCUAAGGAGCCUCCUCCCUCAGUGCUGGAGGCCGACCUUACAGAGUUUGACGUGGCCAAUUCCCACCUGCCCUCCGAGGUGCUCUACAUGCUCAAGAACGUCCGUGUGCUGGGCCACUUUGAGAAGCCUCUGUUCCUGGAGCUGUGUAAACACAUGGUGUUCCUGCAGUUUCAACAGGGAGAGUACGUCUUCAGACCGGGCCAGCCUGACAGCAGCAUCUACGUGGUGCAGGACGGAAAACUAGAACUGUGCCUUACUGGAAUGGACGGCAAGGACGGUGUGGUGAAGGAGGUGUACCCCGGAGACAGUGUCCACAGCCUCCUCAGCAUCCUGGACGUCAUCACCGGACACCAGAAGCCGUACAGGACAGUGUCGGCGCGGGCGGCUGAGGUGUCCACCGUACUGCGUCUACCUGUCGAGGCCUUCCUCUCCAUCUUCGAGAAGUACCCUGAGAGCCUGGUGCGGGUGGUCCAGAUCAUCAUGGUUCGUCUCCAAAGAGUAACCGUUCUGGCGCUGCACAACUACCUAGGGCUCACCAAUGAGCUCUUUAGCCACGAGAUGCAGCUCCUGCGCCUGCUGCCCCUGUCCCCCCACCCCGUGCCCCGCACCAGCCCCCAGCGCCACGGCAAGCGUUUCGGUAGCCUGACCGUGCCCGCGGAGGACCGCGAGGCCGCCGUGAAGGACGCAUCAGAUCCUGGGAAGGAUGGAGCCACAGUCCCACCAACCCUCAGCAGGACCAUCUCCAUGCCUGUAGACAUCGCCGGCAUGCAGAAGAAUCUGCGGUCGGAUUUCGAUAUGGCCUACGAGAGGGGACGGAUCUCAGUUUCCGCUGAGGACGGCAACACACCACCCACCUAUUCACGGGAUCAGCGAGAGAGGAGGGUGACCGUAGACGAGGUGCCGUCGGGGGUGUACCUGUACCCCGAGGAGGAGGGGGGUCCGGACAACCAGUUCUCACCAGGACCAGGACCCGUCCCCGGUCGCCCCAGCCCUGCCCUGUUCGAGGAGGCCCUGAAGGAGCUCCUCAAACUCAUGAGGAUAGAGGACCCCGCUCUGCUGAAUGGGAGAGUGACUCUGCACCACGCCAAGGCAGGAACUGUGCUGGCUAGACAAGGAGACCAGGAUGUGAGUCUCCACUUCGUCCUGUCCGGCUGUCUCCACGUGUACCAGCGGAUGAUCGACAAGCAGGAUGCGGUGUGUCUGUUUGUCACCCAGCCGGGUGAGAUGGUGGGCCAGCUGGCCGUGUUGACUGGAGAACCCCUCAUCUUCACCAUCAAGGCCAACAGAGACUGCACCUUCCUCAAGAUCUCCAAGUCUGACUUCUACGAGAUCAUGAGGGAACAGCCCAGUGUGGUUCUGAGUGCAGCCCACACCGUAGCCAUCCGCAUGUCCCCCUUCGUCAGACAGAUGGACUUCGCCAUAGACUGGAUGGCUGUGGAGGCCGGCAGAGCCCUCUAUAGGCAGGAUGACCAGUCGGACUGCACCUACAUAGUUCUGAACGGCCGUCUGCGUUCUGUUAUACGUAAAGCUAACGGGAAGAAGGAGCUGGUAGGAGAGUACGGUCGAGGAGACCUCAUAGGAGUGGUUGAGGCUCUGACCCGACAGCCCAGAGCCACCACGGUCCACGCGGUCAGAGACACAGAGCUGGUCAAGCUCCCAGAGGGAACGCUCAACAACAUCAAGAGGAGGUACCCACAGGUGGUCACCAGGUUGAUCCACCUGCUGGGACAGAAGAUCCUGGGGAACCUGCAACAGGCCCGCGGACCAUUCUCAGGUUCUGCCCUCGGCCUGUCCAGCGUAGCGUCCAGCCCUGAUGUCACCAACCCGGCCAGUAACCUGUCCACUGUGGCCGUACUGCCCAUCUGUGACGAGGUGCCAAUCAACGCCUUCAACCUGGAGCUCAGCCACGCCCUCAGUGCCAUAGGACCUACCCUGCUGCUGACCAGUGACAUCAUCAGAGAGCGACUGGGGGCCUCCGCUCUGGAUAGUAUCCACGAGUACCGUCUGUCUGGCUGGCUGGCCCAGCAGGAGGACAUCAACAGGAUAGUCCUGUACCAGACAGACAGCAGUAUGACUCCCUGGACCCAGCGCUGCAUCAGACAGGCUGACUGCAUCCUCAUCGUGGGCCUGGGGGAACAGGAGCCUGCACUGGGACAGUUGGAGCAGAUGUUGGAGAACACUGCGGUGAGGGCCCUGAAACAGCUGGUGCUGCUCCAUAAAGAGGACGGCUCGGGGCCCUCCAGGACCGUAGAGUGGCUCAACAUGAGGAGCUGGUGCUCCGGACACCUCCACCUCCGCUGCCCCCGCCGGGUCUUCUCCCGACGCAGCCCCUCAAAACUGAGGGAGGUGUAUGAGAAGGUGUGUGAGAAGACAGCGGACAGACACAGUGAUUUCUCUCGGCUGGCCCGGGUACUGACUGGCAACAGCAUCGCUCUGGUGCUGGGAGGAGGAGGUGCCAGAGGCUGCUCCCACGUGGGAGUGAUCAAGGCCAUGGAGGAGGCAGGGAUUCCCAUCGACAUCGUGGGUGGGACGUCCAUCGGGUCGUUCAUCGGGGCGCUGUACGCCGAGGAGAGGAGUGCGGUGCGCACCAAGCAGAGAGCCCGCGAGUGGUCCAAGGCGAUGAACUCCGUAUUCAAAACCAUCCUUGACCUGACCUAUCCCAUCACCUCAAUGUUCACCGGCGCCGCCUUCAACACCAGCAUCUCCAAAGUGUUCCAGGACAAGCAGGCUGAGGACCUGUGGUUGCCCUACUUCAACGUGACUACUGACAUCACGGCGUCCGCCAUGCGUGUGCACCAAGACGGGUCACUGUGGCGCUAUGUGAGGGCGAGCAUGACCCUCUCAGGGUACCUGCCGCCCCUCUGCGACCCCAAAGAUGGCAACUUGCUUAUGGACGGGGGCUACAUCAACAACCUGCCAGCGGACAUCGCGAGGAACAUGGGCGCCAAGACUGUCAUCGCCAUCGACGUAGGUAGCCAGGACGAGACUGACCUCUGUAACUACGGCGACAGCCUGUCGGGCUGGUGGUUGCUGUGGAAACGGAUCAACCCCUGGGCAGAGAAAGUGAAGGUUCCAGACAUGGCAGAGAUCCAGUCCAGGCUGGCCUAUGUGUCGUGUGUACGUCAGCUGGAAGUGGUGAAGAAGAGUGCCUACUGCGAGUACAUCAGACCACCCAUCGACCGCUUCAAGACAAUGGACUUCGGCAAGUUUGACGAGAUCUACGAUGUGGGCUACCAGCACGGCAAGCUGCUCUUCACCGGCUGGGCCCGUGGUGACAUCAUCGACAACAUGCUCAAGGACCACCGCUCGGCAGACUACAACGACAGCAAGACCAAGACGGACUCCUAUACGUGUACAGGGUCAGACUUCACUGACCUGGCUGAGAUCGUGUCCAGGAUUGAGCCGGUCCAGACCUACGUCGAUCCCGACGCUGAUGCUGCUGAGGCAGGGGAUGAGUCGGACUGCCUGACGGAGUAUGAGGAGGACGGGAUGGACACGGUGAGAGAAGAGGAGGAGGAAGAGGAGGAGGAGGAGGAGGAAGAGGGGGAACAGGAACUCGAUGACCUCUCCCCCGGAGAGUGGGGCCAGAAUGGAGUCUUCCAGGCAGAUGAGGAGAAGUCAGUCCGCCAGCGGAGGAAAACAGAAGGUGACUCCAACACCUACUCCGAGCUCUCCGACUGCUGACAGGAGAGGAAAAAUGAAAGAGACAGGCUCUGGGUCCAAAAACUAAGAGGUGGUGGAAGAUGAGAGUUGGAUGUCGGCAAUUUCUGCAGCUACUGUAGCUUAAAUACUUAUUUUUUUCCUCAACCCUAAUCUACCACGCUUGAUUCUAAUAAUUAGCUGGUUUAUCAAAUAAAUCAGAUUAGUUACAUCAAGG